GGUUUGCAGGAGAAGCCAACCCCCUUUAUUACGAGGGAGUCUGCUGUGUCUCUACGACAACCGGACACAAACAAAUGGGGUAUCGCUGUCUCAGCUGAAGCCACUCGGUUGCCACCUACAACAGUGCCAAGUUCAGAACUGAAUUCUACACAGAUGGGUGAAGAAUCUCAUGUCUGAAGCAACUGUGACAUCUUUCACUAUGCCCACCAAAUCCAGGAAAUCGAGGUCACAGAGUUCGAAGCCAGCCAAAAAGACUGGUAGUCCAAAAACACCCAAAAAGAGGUCCUCUAGUGCCAAACCCACCAAGACGGAGGUGGACAUCCUCAGCCCAGCAGCUAUGGAGAACGUCUACUACAUUUCCCACAAUGCAGCACAGUGUCUGGAGUUCAGAGGCUUUGGGUGGCCAAAUUCAAAGAAGAAAAAGAAGAAGAGAGCAAGACGGAAGAAGAAAAAGUAGACCAUAAAUUCUGCCAAAGUUGAGAUUUUUUUUUCUUACAAAAGGGUUGAGGGGAUCAGAUUUAACCCUCCUGUUUUCCUCACUUACGGGCACCAAAAAAUACUGUUUCUUCGUCUGAAAAAAAUGCAAAAAUUCAGCAAAAAAAUUUCCCAAAUUUCUGAAAAGUUGCAAAACCUUCAGGAAUAAAAUUCCAAUAAUUCCUUAAAAGUUUUAUUUAAAAAAAAAAAAAAUCUGAAUUUGGCAAGAAAAUUCUUGUAUUUUCAAUAAAUGAGUAAAAAUCUUCCAAAAAAAGGUCCUAAAAAUAUCUAAAGUGAUUCCAUAUACACUAUAUUGCCAAAAGUAUUUGCUCACCCAUCCAAAUAAUCAGAAUCAGGUGUUCCAAUCACUUCCAUGGCCACAGGUGUAUAAAAUCAAGCACCUAGGCUGCAGACUGCUUUUACAAACAUUUGUGAAAGAAUGGGUCGCUCUCAGGAGCUCAGUGAAUUCCAGCGUGGAACUGUGAUAGGAUGCCACCUGUGCAACAAAUCCAGUUGUGACAUUUCCUCGCUCCUAAAUAUUCCACAGUCAACUGUCAGCUGUAUUAUAAGAAAGUGGAAGUGUGUGGGAACGACAGCAACUCAGCCACCAAGUGGUAGGACACGUAAACUGACGGAGCGGGGUCAGUGGAUGCUGAGGCGCAUAGUGCCAAGAGGUUGUCAACUUUCUGCAGUCACCAGUGCACAAAGCAAGGUCCAUAAAGACAUGGAUGACAGAGUCUGGUGUGGAUGAACUUGACUGGCCUGCACAGAGUCCUGACCUCAACCCGAUAGAACACCUUUGGGAUGAAUUAGAGCGGAGACUGAGAGCCAGACCUUCUGGUCCAACAUCAGUGUGUGACCUCACAAAUGCACUUCUGGAAGAAUGGUCAAAAAUUCCCAUAAACACACUCCUAAACCUUGUGGACAGCCUUCCACUCUUCCCUCUAAGCUGCGCGCGUGCGCAAUUGGGCACUGCUGAGAUGGUCUCGCACAGAAAAAAAAAUCCAACCUAAAUUGUAAAUAAAAUAAACACGUAACAAUUCAUUCUGUGCUAUUUUUCAAUGUGAGUCAGUGAGUGACCGGUGACUGGCUGCUGCAGCCAAUGAUGCGAUUCACAUACAUAUUUACCAUAGACUGUAUAUAAUGAUAUUUACGCAGCUAAUCAACGUCAGACGUCCUUAUGUGCAGCCAUCGUUGUUCUCAUAGAUAUGAAUCAGUAGAUAGGACACGCCCCUUUGAGCUGCGUGCUACAGCGAGGCUAAGCUAGUGGGGGAAAAGUUUCAGUGCAUUCCGUUGAUGUAGACAGCGUGAAAACGGAAACAACAAGUAUGCCGGCUCACUGUGCUGCAUACAGUUACACACUACGUCAUACGAUUGAGACAAGGAAACUUGGAAUGACUUUUCAUAGGUUUCCCAGAGACUAUGGGUUGAGGAAGAAUUGGAAGUUUGUCGGCGUAGACCUGGUGUCAUUCCAUAAGUGUUAAACUUCCCGGCUCAUCUUGGAAGAGUACGUGCCAGAAAGACCACAACCAAGCAGCCUUGAGAUCUUAGGCAGCGUCUCCCUGAGGUCCCUCUCUAUCUCCCCACACAUCCACCAACCACUGGAACACAUCUCCAAAGUUCUGCUGGACCAGCUCAGCUUCCCCUCAGAAGAAGUGCUGCCACCUGCCAGAUGAAGGAGCCUUUUGAGAGGCAGCUGGCAUCGUGAUUGGACUGUACUUUGGUCUGUUCCAAUCCAGCUUCAGCUCCAGAGACGGCAGGUGGGACGAGUCAACGGAGGCCUGGUGGACGAAGGCAUGCAGCUGAGUACAAUCCAGAAAACAACAGAGGAGGAGUGCAGCGACCCAGAGCCAGAACAGAGUAUGUCUCUUAGAAAACAUCAUAGUAUAGCCUUUGGUAUGAAAAAACGCCAUCAUAUACAUCGUAUAUUGUACAAAUAACAAGUCAAAGGAAAGAGACAUACAUUGUAGAAUUGUAGUAAUUGUGGGCUGACUGAUUUACUGAUUAUCAGUAUUUUAUUUUUUACUGAUUUAUGGUAAUAAAUACAUUUAAAAAUGG